UUUGUUACCGUCAUAAUAUUGCAUUACAGGACCGAUGAGUGUAACCGGUCCGUCACAACUCCCGGAAUCUUCAUAAGCUUCUCAUUGCUCGUCAUGUCCCUCUCUGGAUUCUACGCAGCUUACUUAAAAUCCGAUUGUCUCUUCCGAAUCCACUUCUUUAUCUUCUUCUUGUGGAUGUUUGUGAUCGUGGCAAAAGCCGCCUUCUUCACUUUUCUAAAUAAGGAGACCGGUUCUAGGUUGUUUCCUGGGACCGCGAUCGGUGAGUAUAGGUUCGAGGAUUACUCAGGAUGGGUUCGUAGGUUGGUCAUCAAAGACGAUGACUGGUAUCGUACUAGGAGAUGUCUUGUUAAGGACCAUGUUUGUAACAAGUUAAACCAAAACAUAUCAGCUUCUGAGUUUUAUCAGAUGAAUCUAACUCCUAUACAG